GAAGCCGCGGAUUUGAUUUUAUUAUUAUUGUUUUUUACGCAGACGCAGAGCAUAACACAUUAUGAAACUGUUUUGAUAGUACUUCUGUACUUGGAGCACCAAUAAUAAGAUGAAUUUGGAUAGACUACGGAAGCGCGUGCGGCUGUACAUCGACCAGCAACAGUAUCAUAGUGCUCUGUUCUGGGCUGAUAAGAUAGCUUCUCUUUCACACGAGGAUCCCCAGGACAUCUACUGGCUCGCUCAGUGCCUUUACCUGACCUCACAGUACCACAGAGCCUCCCAUGCCCUCCGCUCCCGCAAACUUGACAAGUUGUAUGGAGCCUGUCAGUAUCUCGCUGCGAGGUGCCAUUAUGCUGCCAAAGAGUUCCAGCAGGCCUUGGACAUCUUGGAUAUGGAGGAGCCAGCUAGCAAGAAGCUACUGGGCAAGAGCGGAAAGGAUGACAAUGGGAUUCCAAACUCGACGAAGGACUGGGACAUGUCUCCUGCCUCUAUCAGCAGCUCCAUCUGCCUCCUGCGGGGUAAGAUCUAUGAUGCCAUGGACAACCGGCUGCUGGCCACCUCCAGCUACAAAGAGGCCUUGAAACUGGACGUGUACUGCUUUGAAGCUUUUGACCUUUUAACAUCCCACCACAUGUUGACAGCGCAGGAAGAAAAAGACUUCCUGGGCUCGCUUCCACUGAAUCAGCAGUGCACUGAGGAAGAGGAGGAGCUGUUACACUUCCUGUUUGAGAAUAAGUUGAAGAAGUACAACAAGCCCAGUGAUUUGGUGGUGCCAGAAAUGGUCAGCGGCCUCCAGGACAACCUGGAUAUAGUCGUGUCACUUGCUGAGCGGCAUUAUUACAACUGUGACUUUAAGAUGUGCUACAAGCUCACGUCAAUGGUGAUGGUUAAAGAUCCAUUCCAUGCCAACUGUUUACCAGUACACAUAGGAACUCUAGUCGAGCUCGGCAAAUCAAAUGAGUUAUUUUACCUGUCACACAGACUUGUUGACUUGUAUCCCAACAACCCAGUGUCCUGGUUUGCUGUUGGAUGCUACUAUCUGAUGGUUGGCCAUAAAAAUGAACAUGCACGGCGAUAUCUUAGCAAAGCCACCACCUUGGACCGCACGUAUGGACCUGCAUGGAUUGCUUACGGUCAUUCAUUUGCAGUAGAAAGUGAGCAUGACCAGGCCAUGGCGGCCUACUUUACUGCUGCCCAGCUGAUGAAAGGGUGUCACUUACCGAUGCUCUAUAUUGGACUGGAGUACGGGCUGACCAACAACUCCAAGCUGGCAGAACGGUUCUUCAGCCAGGCGCUGAGUAUCGCUCCAGAGGACCCGUUUGUCAUACAUGAGGUGGCUGUCGUCGCCUUUCAGAAUGGAGACUGGAAGACUGCUGAGAAGUUAUUUCUUGAAGCAAUGGACAAGAUCAAAGCCAUAGGGAACGAGGUUACUGUGGACAAAUGGGAGCCAUUGUUAAACAACUUGGGUCACGUAUGUCGAAAACUGAAAAAGUACGAGCAGGCUUUGGAGUACCACCGCCAGGCCCUGGUUUUAAUCCCCCAGCACUCCUCCACCUACGCUGCCAUCGGAUACGUGCACAGCCUCAUGGGGGACUUUGAGAGUGCAAUCGACUACUUUCAUACGGCGCUUGGAUUGAAACGAGACGACACCUUCUCGCUGACGAUGCUCGGCCACUGUAUCGAGAUGUACAUCGGUAGUUCGGAUGCCUACGUCGGCACAGACAUCAACAACAAGGUGAGAGGGAGCUUCAACACGCCAGCCCUGAUGAAAAUGCUGAACACCUCAUCAUCAUCAGAACCAGCCAACACCCUCGCCACACCAAGACCAGAGGAGGCCAACGUCACUUCAGAGGAUACCUCCAUGCCCGCCCUUGAAAAGACCAUGUUGGGGACGCCGCCGAACUUUUCUCUAACGCUGGAGUGUGACAUGUAUGAAAGCGACAUGAUGCUCGACACCAUGUCAGACACUAGCACGUGAGUCCAUCCUGUCAGGAGGCGGAACUGUCAGAAGAACAUGCCAUCGUCCCCGCCAUCCAAGGCCGGACAUGUCUUUGGAGAUUCGCGAGGGCCUUGGAUAAAAGGUGCUUGGUUUAGAUCUGGAAGUGUUGGGGGGACGUGAUGGUUUGAAGAGCAGCACUCCUCACUGAACAGACCACAGUGACUGCUGGCUGCCUGCAGCAGGUCCCGCUGAUAUUUACCUGUGGGACUUUACAUCAUGAAUAAAGAGCCGCCUGAGUCUCUGCUUCCAGUGG